UGGCUCUGGAUGGGGCAGACAGUCGAUUACUAAGCACCAUGGUGCCUUAAUAAUGCCGCCCCAGUGCGGGCGGUACAAGGUAAUUCAGUAUCCGUACCCACCUUUUCUUCAUCUUCUGCCACCCCCCAUACAAGGACCUCGACGCCGGCAUUAAAGACACCAGGUCGAAGCCCGGCACCAUGUCCAACAACAACGCCAAUUCCCAGCCGUCGCGGUUUACCCCGCAGAACCAGACGACGCACGAGCGCCUCGCCUCCAACACGGUCGGCCUGGUAGCGCUUUCGGACUUUCGCAAACGCCGCGCCGAGGCGCUCGAGCAACAGGAACGGGAGGCCCACGAGGCCGCCAUCGUCAGCGGCGGCGGACGCUCGUCAGCCCUCGCCACGCCGGAUCGAUCCCAGACCGCGACGCCCAACAGCAACAGCAGCAACAACAACAACAACAACAACAACAACAACAACAACAACGCCACAACGACGACGACGACGGCGACGAAGACUACUAAUACUACUACUGCGACGACAACGACGACGACGACAGACGGCUCGGGCGAAGGCGUGACGCGGCCCGCGAAGAAGAAGAAAAAGAGGGCGGCCGUGACGAGCAAGUUGUCCUUUGCGUGCGAGGACGAUGAUCAGGACGACGAGGAAGCGCCGGGACCUCUCGCCCGGAAACCCAUGACGGGGGAGAACAAGGAGAAGACAAAAACAGGGGGUGGAGGAAACGGAGCAGUAGUAGGCAGGAGCGAGGCCGACGACUACUCCGCGGAAGAGGAGAACAAACCGCGGGUCAUUGUCAACAAGUCGGUGGGCAUCAUCCCGAAGCCGAGGACCAAGGCGGCGUUGCGGCGCGAGGCGGCCGAGCGGGAAGCGCUCCGGCGCGAGUUCCUCGCCAUCCAGGAGGCUGUCAAGAAUACGGAGGUGGCCAUCCCUUUCGUCUUCCACGAUGGCACGGAUAUCCCCGGCGGCAUGGUACGGGUUAAAAAGGGCGAUCACGUCUGGGUGUUCCUGGACAAGAGCCGCAAGGUGGGAGCCCACCUCGGGGUGGGCGAUAAGAAGAAGUGGGCGCGUAUUGGUGUGGACGAUCUGAUGCUCGUCCGAGGCUCGGUCAUCAUUCCACAUCAUUACGAGUUCUAUUUCUUCAUCAUCAACAAGACCCUCGCUCCCGGAAAUCGUCGCCUCUUCGACUACUCCGCCGAGGCUCCCCCGACACCCCCCGUGCCCGUGCCCGUGCCCGUUCCCAUCCCCGAGAACACCAGAUCCCCCACCGUCGCGAGCGACGAAGAAGCGUCGUCGGCCGCCACACCGCCACGAGAGGGACUCACAACGGCAGCGGCCCUGAAAGCGGCGGCGGCCAAGGCGUUGCCCGACAUCAAGACGCUCGAGGGUGCCGGGGACGACCCGUCCUUCACCAAGGUGGUCGACCGGCGGUGGUACGAACGCAACAAGCACAUAUUCCCCGCUAGCACCUGGCAGGAAUUCGAUCCGGAGAAGGACUACCGGUCCGAGGUGCGCAAAGAUCUGGGUGGGAAUACGUUCUUUUACUCGCGGUGAGGGAGUUGCAGUGGGUGGGGGGGAGGCGGGGGACGGAAAGAUCAAACAACUCUGUGCUUCCCCCGGGAAAGCGAAGGAGUUUUGUUUUGGUUUGUCUCUUUUCGUUUUCGCUUCAACUUUCUGGUCUCUCCCUCUUCUGGUUUUGUUGGGUUUGGUCGUCGCGGAGAAAGAAGAAUUACGGCGGUGUCCGUUGAAAAAGAAGAAGAAAAAAAGGGGGAAAAAAAAGGCAUGUGCACA